CCUUUGCCGGUCUAAAAGAAGUAAGCACACAGAAUUAAUCUAUGUUGUUCACUUGGGUUUGUCAAAUCUAUCACGACGUGUAUUCAUUCAAUGAGAAUUUGUUCGUCAUUUUUAAAGACUUGUGUAUUUAAUCUGCGAUUGUAUGUGAUUUUAUUUUAAAAUGGCGAAGUUGGUCGAUAUAUACAACAGCGAUAAAGAUCCAAUUAUAAAACGGCGACAAUUACCGUUAACAAUCUACGAAAAUCUUACCAUGGUCAUGGAUUUGAAUACGAUGGGUCUGAUUUGUGACAAUCCUCAAGUGAAAGGGCGUGAAUACGAAGAAUUUGUACGGAAAUACAAAAUUCUCACAACAGAUGAGCUGAAAGCAGCUCUAAGGGUGGAGGCAUCUGAUAUUUUUAAUGUGUUAAACCAAAGCAUUCCAUGUGUUGGCUGUCGAAGAAGUGUGGAGCGUCUAUUUUAUCAGCUUUGUAAAUCAGGACAUCCUACUUUAGAUCCACUGGUUCUUACACCUGACGAAAUUAUAACUUUUAGAGAAGACAAGAUAACGCAACCACAGUCACUUGCUUCAUUGCUCAACGGACACAGUACGGGCAUCGAUUGCCUCAUCCUAAGCCAGCCACGGUGGAAGAAAUCUCAGCGCUGCAUCCUACAUUCCCUGGAAGCAGGAGGAGCACGUGGCUGGGGAUGGAGCGCAUGGGGCUGGGGCGGACGAGCUACAUGGCGUGCCGCCUGGGACGCCAUGCGCGCUUCCGCUCGUGAUCACGUCACCCUCGUGCACUUCAACACGCUGCACGACACUUUACACAACUACCUGAGGAAACAUCGCUUUUGUGCUGAUUGCAAAACUAAGGUGCUUCGAGCUUAUCAACUCUUGGUAGAAGAGAAAGAACCGCAAAAAGAAAAAGGAUAUGUAGGUGCACUCUAUGGAGGUAUCAAAAGAUGCCUUCUUGACAAACACUUACAUUUACAAGCAAAGACUGAUUACAUUGCACACCUGAUAGCUAGGGCGGAACCUGAGCUGCUUGGAAAUCACAGAGAGAGACAUGCUAAGACUUUGGAAAUUGCACAAGAAGAGGUUCUGAUAUGUCUUGGAAUAUGUAUAUAUGAACGUCUGCAACGCAUCUCCCUUCGUCUUCGGGAAGAAGAAGGCACUUGCCAAACGCUUGCUGCAGUUGCAGUCGAGGCACUAUACCGCAAGUUCGAAACUGCUGUUGAGCACAAGAGUGGGGUCUCCAAACUACAGCUGCUGUAUGAUGAAAUUACUCAAGAGGAACUUACCAGGCAACAAAGGAAGGAACAGAAAAAACUGAAAAGGCGUAAGAAGAAGGAACGGCAAGCAGUUGAGGGCAAAUGCAAGGAAGCUGAUUCAGAAGAGCCAGAUGAGAAAUGCCAAUGUGAAGAGUGUCUACUAGAAGAGAGAGACACUCCGACCGAUUUGCUUACGCCCCACUCCUAUAGCCAAUGUUUCGAGACAAAUGAAGAGGGAUGUCAAUCAUGUCACAAUGACUCAAAAACGAAACGCCGAUCGUCGAAAAAAACGGGCAAGAAACGCAAUAAGAAUGGAAACCUCUCUCCCAAUGAACAUAGUCAUGACUGUGGAUAUUCAUCUGGUAACACAGGAGGCUGCUGUGAGACUAUGUCAGGUUCAUCAUCUCUGAUGAGUUCACCUGAAGGUUCUGAAGUUGCCUGUUCCGAAGGGUUCUGCAAUCAUGAACGUGGCGAUUGUUUGGACAUGAUUAAAAUUGAUAAGCCAUGUCCCAAUUUCACACUCUCAUUACAGGAAAUGCUAAUGGAUACAUGUUCAUCAGACGACGAAGAAGAUGCAAGUUACAUACCCAUAGAGGAUGUUUUGGAAUUUAAGUCUCGGAGGAAUAUAACAGAGAAAAGACAAGAGCUUCGACAAAAUCUUCGGCAGAAGUUCGCUCAGUUGUGUGUGAACACACCACAGUCACAGCUAGCACAAACUGGGAGCAAACAGCCAAUCUAAUCUGCAUCAUGUUCAAUUUGCCACAUUUCAGUAAAUAUUUCAGAAUGCAUUAGUUAUUUUGUCUUCAUCAUCGGUAGAUAAAACAUUGUCACUAUUGAAUUAUACUGUAAGUUAUAAAAUUACACAAUAGCUUGUCACAACAGUUACAUUCAAUACAUAAGAUGAUAGUAAUCAUAUGAAAGGCAAUAUUGGUAUCCUUUGUGAUGAAGGGUAGACGUUCAGUAAUGGAUCCUCAUGCAGAUAUCAAUGUGUAGUCUAGUGUGCCAAUAGAUCAGAAGUCUUCUGUAUUCCUGUAAAUCAGUAAUAUGUCUUCAUUUAUUGAAGUUUCUUGUUACUGAAGGUUAUGUACGCUUAGUAACAUUUAAUACAUGUUAUUGAUAUUAAAACCUUUGUGUAAACAUUCUCAUUCUUCUGUAUUUAAAAAAAAGACAACCAGUAUGAGGAAGCCUUUAUGUUUUUUUCUUACACAAGCAGAUGUGCUCUAGACAAUCUGCUGUUAAGAUGUGAACUGUGCCCAUAAUCAUCACAAUGUUAAUAUUAGCACCAACCUUGAGACAUCAGUUCAGUUUCAAUUAUUUGAAUGUGGUCUUAAACUGAAACAUUUUUGUUUAAUUAACGACGUAAAAUUCACUCGAAGCACGAAAAUGCGAGAAAAUUUGUUUGAACUAAAGUAGUUGAAGUAAACCCUUUGAAGACAUACAAUUGCAAACAUUACUGAGAUAUUAUACUAUUAAAAUAUUACUAUACAAACUUGAUGUUAUUCUAUCAACGUAGAUGUGUUUUUUUGGUGUUUAUACUAAGCAAUAAUUAUAUAGUGUUGUUACCUAUGCAUGUAGUAUUUAUUGCAAUUAUAUAUUGGAUGGAUAGCAUUAUAUAAAUUACAAUACAUUUCUUGAACGUCUAGCCUUCUGUUUGAAGUUCAUAUUUGAAAACGUUACAUUUAGUUUGGCAGAAAUAGAAAAAUAACAUAAUGUACCCAGAUAUUUUUGUUAUUGAGAACAAGCUAUUUUUAUUUGCCAAGCAAUUCAAUCAUGGUUUUGUCUUUAUGCUGUCUAUCUAUUGUUUUAAAAUCAAUCAUUGUUUAUGAAUGAAAUAAAUGCAUGGUUUAUAUAUUUUGUAAUAUUUUCACAUUAUUUUAUUUAAAUGAAUUGGAAUGAUGUGAAUUGAAAAUUGAAGGGUACCAACCCUAGUGAUAUGUUGACCUGAUGACCAGCAUUUAAAUGUUUAAAAACAAAAUUUUAGAGAGCUUAGUAAUGAAUGGAACAUGAACAUUACUGUAGCAUUUUUGAUGAGAUAAUUUUAUUUACGAUGCUUUAUGUGACUAUUAUGGAAACAUAAUGAUGAAUUAUUGCUCGUUAAUAGCUUAAAAAACUAUGUCAAGAGUUACCUUGGUUGAUUUGCCAUUGUUGUUAAAAUCCAAUCAUUUGUAACUCUGUUUUAAAAAUAAUAUAUAAUACAAAUAUAAUACAGUGAAAA